ACCCCUGCUGGACCUCAGUUUGUUUUCGAAACCAGUGUGCAUUUGAAAAGACAUAUGGCAUGAGAGCUCGAUACUACAAACUCGACUGCAGCAUUUCACCAUGGCUCAAGGAGGAACGUCUUCAAGAUUUGGGAAUUUUUUUGAUGUCGGAUAUAACAUCUGCUUGAUUUUUGGCACUGCUGCCCUCUUGUUUUCUUACCGUGAAGCAAAUAUAAAGGAUGUUGAUAUUACAGUGCAGGCAAACACUUUAAAGAGCAAGAUCCAAGAACAUGAAACAGUGGCUAUUCGAUCCAAACGGAGUGUUAGCCUUGACGGUGUUUUCAAAAGACUUGGUGAUCGUCUCGAUCUCUUAGAGCAAAGGUUCGAAAACACUAGUGCUUUUGCCAAGGCUGAAAAAUCACCGUUUGCUGCACUUCUACCUUUUCUCCGUGGGCUGAGAGGUCCACCAGGGUCUCCUGGGCAAAAAGGGGAUCGUGGCCUUACAGGGAAAAGAGGUAGAGGUGGCAGGAAGGGAGAGAUAGGCCCAAGAGGACAUCAUAUUGACCACGAAUUCAACACGACUGGCACGUCUGUGUACACCCGUUGGGGAAGGACAUCGUGCCCAAAACAAACUGGAGCAAAGCUGUUAUAUUCAGGUUAGAUGUUUCAUGUAACUUGCAGUUGGAAAUACGUUGUAAAAGAAUUGUGCUUAUAUGCUCUUUUG